UACCCAACACCAUGACCACGCACGCAGAGAGGGCACAAGCUCAGCUCGAUUAGGGUUUAUAUAAAUCACCAUAUGCUCGCUCUCUCUUUGGAACUCUGAAAUCUCCAGUCUCAAAUUCUAGGGUUCCGUUUCGGUUCCUUCAGUCUUCUCGCACUUGCUUAGGGGAUCUCAUUUCAAGGGCUUGAGUUGAAGGCUACACCUGCAGAAGUUGCUUUCAGUACCAAAAUCUGGUAAGAUGCAUGGUCAAAGGAAUUACAAUCCUCAGUAUGGUCAGCAUCCUCAAAUACCCAUGCCACCUCCAUACCAACAGCACCCACUAGGGCCACCACCUCCAUCUCAUUUCCAUCAAGGUCCUGCUGGCCCUGCCAUAUUUCAGAAUGGCCCUCCUGCUCGGCCACAUCAAAUCCAUCAAGUUCCACCUGUUGCAGUGUCAAUUCCUGGCCAAUCUUAUGUACACCCAUCCCUGCCACUUCAUGGAAGCACCUCAGUUCCACAUAUGUAUCCUACUCAAUCAAAUUCACAGAGUUCACAGCAUGUGCCAUCCCCACUUCCUCUUCCCCUUGGCACAUCACACUCAGAGAUGUUUCAGGCUUCAACACCAGCUCAACCUCUACCUCCUGCUUCUUCCCAGUCUCAAGGCCAAACAUUUUACAGAGCUCUGGUGCAUCCUCCAUCUCAGCAAUUGGGUCUGCAGUAUGCCCCACAGCAUCCUCUCCCCCCUCCCAUGCCUAGUUUCUUCACUUCUGCUCCCCUUGCAAGUUUUUUACAUUCAACAGGGGGAAACUCUCAUGUUUCUGCUGUAGGUCCAAUGGGUCCACCGCCUCCUCCCUCUUCUCUACCUCCCAUUCAACCAUCUCCUCCAGCUCCCACCUCUACCGUCUCAGCUUCUAACCAUGCUCUUCUACCUUCCAACUUGUCAGGUAAUUCAGACAAUGAUCAUUGUUCCAGUGAACUUUCUAAUAAUAAAUCAAUGGCUUCAGUUUCUGCUGAUGAAGUUGUAGCCUCAAAUCAGGUCAGACAUACUGUACUGGCUGAUGAUAACUUCCUGAAUCAGGAAGGUGGAAGUGUGUGUGAGGUUGAAAAAGGAAGUUUGAAAUUGGAUAAUUUAUAUAAAGGGAAAAGUAAUUCACCCUUGAGGCCUUUGGAAAAUGAGCCUUCAACACGACCCUAUCAUUUGGGAGUUGCACCUACAUCUCAUUCACCUGCUGAUUCGGACAUGGAGAUGGAAGAUGACAUCACCCAAGCUGACAAUGAUGAGGUGCCAAUUCACUUAAUUGAAGGUCAAAACAAUCAGCAGGAUCUACCUCCUAAUGAGCAUGAUGCAGAAAAUCAGUUAUGUUCAAUGCCAAGUGCCGCUGUAUGCAACCCAGAUAACGACAAAUUAUCUCAAAAAGCACCAAUGACUGGCUGCGGGGGGUCCUGUAAACAAGAAUCUGCAGUUGUCUCCAAUCUCAAUCAAGUUGCAUUUGGGAGGUCCAAAGUUACUAGCUUGGUCACUAAUUCAGAAGGAGCUGAAAAACAGCACUUGGUUGCCAAUUUGGAGCAAUCAACUCCCCUUGCUGAUGAUAAACAUCCUUCUAGGGCUUCGACAGCUGCUGAAAGCAUCAAUUCUGAGAUGUGUUCUUGUCAACUUGUAAAAUGUGGGAGUCCAUUCAGACUUCUACAAGACUAUGCUUCUGAUGAGAGCUUAGAAAAUGAUUCUGAGCCCUGUGUUGACAUUGUUAAACCUUUAGUAGUCUCAUCUUUAGCUGCUGCAAGUUUGCAUAGAGAUUUUAGUUUCAGUUCAAAGAAAGAUAGAAGGUCCAAAAAUCUCUCAGAGGGUGCUGACAGUUUGGUUACAUGUUCUGAUUUGAGCAUAUCAGAUAAAGCUCUAGAAGUUCUUAAAGGUUCAGAAGAGAUUAAAGGAACCAUGAUUUCAAGUGAGACUGGAUGUAUUGGUGAUAAUUGUAGAAAUAAAAAAUCUGUAAAUCAUGGUGCUUCCCUAGAGACAUCCCAGAAAGAAGAUGCUGUGGCUGGUACUUCCUUGGAAGUUGGUUGCAGUGGUAAGUUUAGCAAGGAAGAUGAUGCAGAGGAGAAAAACGCAAAGGCUGCUCCUUCUCAACUUAAAGUGGAUGAAUUUGGGCGAUUAGUCAGAGAUGGGGCUACUGACAGUGAUUCAGAUGAUUCACACUAUAUUAGGAGGCAUGGUAGAAGAGGUCGUAGUCGUAGCCGGAGUCGGUCACCUCUAGGGAGGAGGAGGAGUCCGAGAAGGAGAAGGGAGAAGCGAAGCCGAUCUCACAGCUGGUCUCCUAGAUACCGAAGGAGCAGGAGCAGGUCUCCCAGAUACCGAAGAAGCAGGAGCAGGUCUCCCAGAUAUCGAAGAAGUGGGAGCAGAUCUCCCACAUCUAGGCGUGUGGGUAAGUUCAGUGGUGAGAAUUUGAGACAGGCAAAAGGGCGUAUUCCAGACUGUUUGGACUACCUUCGGGGCAAGUGCUAUCGUGGAGCAUAUUGUCGUUACACUCACCGUGGUUUUGAGAAGAAUGAUGAAUCAAGACAACAGUCUGUAGAAGUUCGUUGGGGUUCAAGGAAUAAUAUUCAUGAAGAGAUCAGGCAUUUGUCUGGAAAAGUAUCUGAUUGUGGUAAUACUGAGAAUACUGAAAGACAACCGGAUAGCCACUCUGGUGCAGCACGAGAUGGGAAUGCUGAUGAGAAAAGAGAAGAUUCUCUCAAAGGUACUCUGGAAUCUGCUAAUGAUGGUCAUGGUCAUUUGAUUCAUCAUCACAUUAUUAAAUCUGAUAAGUCUAGUGAUAUUUCUGCAUCAGUAGUUGAAAUUCAAGUCAUUGAAAAAGAGGCAGAGGAGCCAAUCAUUGUCACUAAUGAGACCUGUCAGGAGGCAUUGGGGUUGCACCACUCUUCAGUUGAUGGUUUUGCCUCUAAGUUUGUUGGUGAUGUGGAUGCCCUGCCACAGCAGUCAGAUAACUCUUCUAUAUCUGAUUCAUCACCACAAAAAACCUCUACAUGUUCCCCAAUUAGGCCUGCAGUUAACGAUGCUUAUCCAAAUAUGAUGCAGUCUGAGCAUCUCUCUUCCCAGCUGCCCUCUUCCUCUCUCCCAGUCUCACAAGCUAUAGAUGCUUCAAAUAUGAAAAAUCCAAAGACUGCACCAUCCACUUCUCAAUCAACUUCUGGGGAAACGUUUCCUCCCUACAUGUUGCCUGACCAACAAUCUUUCUUCACUGUACAACCAGAUUCUUCUCUGGCCUCCUUGCCACACCCACCACCAUUGCCACCACACAAUUCAACCAUAAAUGGAGGAACUUCAACCUCUGGUGUUUCUUCUCAAUUUCAGCAGAGUCAGUUGCCUCUGAGGAAAGAUUUUGGCUCCCAUACUGCUUCGAGACCUUACCCAACUGAAUUGCCCUUAAAUUCUCAGGUUGGUGCGUUUCAGCAGCAAGCUUGUCCUAUAAUGCAUGAGCCAAAUCGGCCUCUCUCACAUGCUGUUUUGCCUGUGUUUAACCUGCUCAGUCAGAAACUUGAAGAUUCUAAUUUUUCAAGAGAAGGUUGCUUAACACAGCCUCUGAUGCAGUCCUUCAUUCAUCAGAGCACUCAUGCUAUGCCCUCUCUGCAAGAGUUGCCAACAAAUAAAGCACCAUCCUUUUCUGGUGAGAGUUUGCUGCCUGGAGGACUUUCAAAUUCAUCCUCAUAUGUCCAUCCUUACUUACAGCAGCAACUAUCCCAUGGUUCAAACCACCAUAUGGCAGAUGUUGUUUAUAGUCUUCACGGGAAUAUCAGUUCUUCAUACAGAUAUCCACCAGAACUGAUAGACACAAAUCGGCCACCAUGCCUUAAGGAUUUUGGAGGAUUGACUGCUCCAAACUAUCAUCAUCAUCCUCACACAUCAACUUUCGAGCACCCAGGAAGCUCUAAACAUAGUUCUGAUGUUUUUAGGCAAGAAAAAGAUGCAACUUACAGUAACGCACCUUUCAAUUUGAGCUAUGCUUCAUUUGAUGGGCGAGGUGUUGUAACACAAGAAGCAAGCUCCUUGCCAAAAUCUACCAGGUCUGUUGGGCAGAAUUUCCCUAGAUCAGGUAGUGAUCAGUAUGAUCCGCUUUUUGACAGCAUUGAGCCAUCGUCAAAGUUAACUGGAAAAAAUGAUCAUGUUCAAAAGUGGGAAGCAACUGGUGACUCUGAAAUGCUCAGGCUAAGUGGUUCCAACAACCCGUUGGAUAUGGAGGAAAACAAAAGCAAAGAUGGAACUGUUGCAUCUGCAGCAUCUGCAGACAAUGAGGAAUUUGGUGAGGCAGUUGAUGCAGAAGUUGGUGCAGUUGAGAAUGGCAGUCCAAACAAUCCUAUUUAUGUAGAGAACAUAGUUGGUGAUGACAUUGAAAUUGAUCAGAUAAAGUCUCCUAUUAAGAGCAAGAAGAGCAAAGAUUCCAGAUCAAUGAAGCUUUUUAAGGUUGCUAUUGCAGAUUUUGUCAAGGAGGUUUUAAAGCCAUCAUGGAGGCAGGGUAAUAUGAGCAAGGAGGCUUUUAAGACCAUUGUCAAAAAGACUGUUGAUAAAGUGUCAGGAGCUAUGAAAAGCCACCAGAUACCCAAGUCUCGUGCAAAGAUAGAUCACUACAUUGACUCAUCACAGAGGAAACUGACAAAACUUGUGAUGGGUUAUGUUGAUAAGUAUGUGAAAGUGUAGGACCCGACAUCAACUGGAUCCAAGCCUUUCCCUGUGGUAAAGCAUUUUGAUCAGACACAUUUUUUUGCUUUGCUUCCUCUGUGCGAUUAAAUUCGUAUACAAUUUAAGAUUAAGAAAUGAUUUCAUUAUCAGCAGAUGCUUGAAGAAUAGAGAAUAUCUGUUUGUAUAGUUUGUAUUAUUAGCGUAAAGAAGAUGCAACGGCCUAACCUCUGUGAGAAGAUAUGAACAGCAUGAGAAAUUAUUUUCAAUCUCAGCUAAAGUUCUGAGGAAGUUGUUCCAAAACAUAUACUAGUAUUCUUCAACAUAGUUUAUAUUAACUGCUAUCACUGAUAUCUGAGGACCAAAGAUGUGGUCCGGCGGAGAUAAAUAGUGGAGAUAAAUUACUACCUUUUUCUGUUGGAUUCUCUCCGUUCUCACCCAUUUCAAGUG